AUGCUCCAAGGCAGAGGCCCAGGGCUGAUUGAGUCUGAGUGUGAGGCCCACGGUGCCCGUGCCCUCCACAGACUGCAUUUCACUGGAGAUGGGAGGCCCCGCCCAAAUCCUGAAGCCCCACCCACAGGGGAGGAGCGAAGCGGUCCCACAGGCUUCCGUCGCAGGCGUGACGUCAGCCACACGCCGGAAGAGGCCCGGGCGCGCUCGCUUGGGCGAUCCCGGGAGGCGGCGGUUGCCAUGGGCCCCGGCGGCGGCGGCGGCGGCGGCGGCGAUUGGGCCGCUUGGUCGGCGGAGCUGCGCUUGCGGCCGGCCAGCGUGUUCGGCGUGGCGCUGGCGGCGCGCCUGGCCCUGGUGCUGUACGGCGUGGUGCAGGACGGCGCGCUGCAGGUGCGCUACACCGACGUCGACUACGCGGUGUUCUCGGACGCCGCGCGCCUGCUGGCCGCCGGCCGCUCGCCGUACGAGCGCGCCACGUACCGCUACACGCCGCUGCUCGGCUGGCUGCUGGUGCCCGGCGUGCGGCUGGGCGCGCUCUUCGGCAAGCUGCUCUUCGUGGCUGCCGACGUGCUGGCCGCGCUGCUGCACUACCGCCUGCUGCGCCGUCGCGGCCUGCGCGCCUCCCGGGCCUGCGCCUGCUGCAGCCUCUGGCUGCUCAAUCCGCUGCCCAUGGCCGUGUCGAGCCGCGGCAACGCCGACUCGCUGGUGGCCUGCCUGGUGCUCGCCCUGCUGGACCUGCUGGCGCGGGGCCGCGUGGUCGGCGCCGCCGUGGCCUACGGGCUCGCCGUGCACCUCAAGCUCUACCCGGUCACCUACCUGCUGCCCGUGGCGCUGCACCUGCGGCCCACGCCGGCCCUGGGCCCGGGCCCGCCGCCCGCCGGCCUCCCCCGACUCGGCGAGGAGCUGCGACGCCUCUGCCACCGCCGCGUGCUGCUGUUCUGCACGGUGGCGGCGCUCACUUUCCUGGGCCUCGGCUGCGGCUUCUACUCGCACUACGGCUGGGACUUCGUGGAACAGACCUACCUGUACCACCUGACCAGGCGCGACAUCCGCCACAACUUCUCGCCGUACUUUUACAUGCUCUACCUGAGCGCUGAGAGCCGCUGGGCCCGCGUGCUCGGCCUGGCCGCCUUUCUGCCGCAGCUGGUGAUGCUGGCCGCCGUGUCCCUCGCCUUCCACCGCGACCUGGCCUUCUGCUGCUUCCUGCACACUGCCAUCUUCGUCACAUUCAACAAGGUGUGCACGUCGCAGUACUUCAUCUGGUACCUGUGCCUACUGCCGCUGGUGGCUUCCCGCGUGUGCAUGUCCAGGCUGCGGGCUGCGGUGCUCCAGCUGCUUUGGUUCCUGGGCCAGGCACUGUGGCUGCUGCCUGCCUACCAGCUCGAGUUUCAAGGCCAGAACACCUUCCUCUUCAUCUGGCUGGCAGGCCUCUUCUUCCUGCUCAUCAACACCUCUAUCCUCGUUCAGAUCAUUACCCAUUACCAGCUGGAGCGUGAGGUGCACAAAAUCAAGUGCCAUUGAGCCUGGGAAGAGGCCGAAGCCGGCGCUCUGCAGUCACUGCAGGCUGAAGUUCUCUGGGAGCAGCAGGUGACUCCUUUCUGGGGCCUGGUCUGGCCCAAAGCUGUGCAGAGGCCGGUGUUGAAUUGGAAAUGGAGAUCCUACAGCUGCCCCUCCCGCAUCACUCGAGGCUUCUGGAAGUUGUCAGAAUACAGCAUACCUGUACAGUGAUUAGCACCGCAGUUCUUCUGGGGCGGGAACAAUUGGAACUUUGGUACUCAGUACUUAGUCCCCUUCAAAAGAAGGUUGGUGGUGGGCUUCUUUGGCCCACAGUAGACUGUUUCCCAACCUCUGCUGUCGUAUCUUCUUGUGGUGCUAUGGGGGCAGCACCUGGGGAUCAAACCCAGCUUGGUUUCGAAAGUGCCUUAGCCCCGGUGCUUGGUACCUUUAAGCUUGAGUUGUACAAUUUUUUUGUUUGUUUGUUUUGUUUUGUUUUUUGGCCACACCUGGUGAUGCUCCGGGAUUACUCCGGGCUAUGCUCUCAGUAAUCGCUCCUGGCUUGGGGGACAAUAUGGGACG